CUUUGUUUUGCUUUUCAAAACCUUUGAAGCUCGGGGGCAAGUCUCUAAUGGCGACGCCCGCGCGCCUCUCCAUCCUCGACCACCCUAUCCUUGCCCUGCUCGGCAAGCUAAGGACUUUGCCGCACGUCCAGCAAGCCCACGCCCACCUUGUUGUCUCCGGCCUCGUGCGCCACUCAUUCCCCCCAAGCAAGCUCAUCCAGGUCCUCCUUUCCCUCCCCUCCACCUCCUCCCUCCCCUACGCCCAUCUCCUUCUCCUCCACUCCCCCUCCCCCAACCUCUUUUCCUUCAACUCUCUCAUCCGUGCCCUCCCCUUCCCCUCCUCCCUCCUCCUCUUCCGCGGCCUCCUCCGCUCCCCCCUUCUCCUCCCCAACAACUACACCCUCGCAUUCGCCCUCCACGCCUGCUGUUUCUGCUCGUCCCGUGCCGAGGGGGAGCAGCUCAGAGCGCAAUCACUGCGUCGGGGCCUCGAGUCAAGCGUCUUCGUUCACAAUGUAGUCAUCAAAAUGUACUCUUGUUUGGGUCUCCUGCAGGAUGCCCGGAAGGUGUUCGAUGAAAUGGAUGAACGGGAUUUGUUCUCAUGGAAUUCAUUGAUGGCCGGGUAUGUUGGUGUUGGGGAUGUCAGGAUGGCACGGGAGGUGUUUGAUGAUAUGCCUGAGAGAGAUGUUGUUUCUUGGAGCACUGUUAUUGCAGGCUAUGUACAGGAAGGUUCUUUCACGGAAGCGAUGGAGCUAUUUCGUGAGAUGCAACUUGCUGGUGCCAGGCCAAAUGAGUUCACUCUGACAACUGUCCUCGCAGCUUGUUCUAAUCUUGUAGCUCUUGAGCAAGGAAAGUGGAUUCAUAUGUACAUUGACAAGGCAAAGAUCAAGAUGAAUGACAGAUUGCUUGCUGCUCUCAUUGACAUGUACUCAAAGUGCGGAGAUGCAGAAUCUGCAUUGAGACUAUUCAAUAGUGCAGAUAAUGCAUUGAAGUCUAGCAUCCGGCCGUGGAAUGCAAUGUUGAGUGGUUUCGCUAUUCAUGGCUUGUCUGAGGCAGCAAUUCAGCAUUUUGAAAGAAUGAAGAUGGAAAACAUAGCCCCUGAUAAAGUAACAUUUGUAUCAUUGCUUAAUGCAUGUAGUCAUGGGAGAUUAGUGGAUAAGGGGAGGUUAUACUUUGAGUCUAUGAAGAGUAUUCAUGGAAUUGAUCCAGAAAUCGAGCAUUAUGGAUGCAUGGUAGAUCUUCUCGGUCGUGCUGGUCACUUGAAAGAAGCAGAAGAGUUUAUUAAGUCAAUGCCUGUGACUCCAGAUACCGCAAUAUGGAGUGCAUUACUAGCUGCUUGUAAAAUUCAUCGCGACACAGUGAUGGGAGACAGAAUAGGAAAGCUUGUGAACAACUCAGAACCAGAAAAUUUAGGAUGUCAAGUUCUGCUUGCAAAUAUCUACUCUAGUUCUGGAAGAUGGGUCGAUGCAAAAGACGUUAGAAAGAACAUGGGAAUAACUGGCAGAAGAAAGACACCAGGUUGCAGCUCAAUUGAAUUGGAUGGAAUGUUCCAUCAGUUUUUUGUCGGAGAUAGAUCUCACCCGCAAACAAAACAGAUUUACUUGUUCUUGGAAGAGAUGUAUACUAAAUUAAAGAUGGCAGGUUAUGUUCCAGAAAUCGGAGAAGUGUUACUUGACAUAGAUGGAGAAGACAGAGAGACAGUUUUAUCGAGGCACAGCGAGAAGUUAGCCAUUGCUUUUGCAUUGAUGAACACUCCUCCGGGAACACCGAUUCGGAUUGUGAAGAACUUGCGUGUUUGCGGUGACUGUCAUCAUGCUACAAAGUUUAUUUCCAAGGUCUAUGAAAGGGUUAUUAUAGUUAGAGACAGGAUUAGAUUUCACCACUUUGAAGAUGGAUUUUGUUCUUGCAAAGAUUACUGGUAACUGGAACAAUGAAAAAGAAUUGUUUGGGGAUUAUUUAUUAUUCUUGAAAGGAUUUGAGGCUUCAAAAAAGCAAUUUUGAUUGACA